GUGCACUCCAUGAAGGAAACACUAAGGUAUUUGAUAGGUGCCACAGGCCCAAGUGGAUUUGGAUCAAAGACCACAGCUGAGCAAGUGACAGAGGACACCUCUUGUUUAAUCCCAUCUCAGCUAACGGCUAUGAUCACUGGAGCGACGUCCGGUAUCGGCACCGAAACUGCAAGAGUGCUGGCGAAGAGAGGGGUGAGGCUUGUCAUUCCUGCAAGGGAUCUCGUGAAAGCUGCUGAAGUGAAGGAGAAGAUCCAGAAGGAGAAUCCAAAGGCUGAGAUUAUUCUGUUUGAGCUUGAUCUGAGCUCGUUUGCUUCAGUACAGAGAUUUUGCUCUGCUUUCUUGUCUCUGGGAUUGCCACUCAAUAUCCUCAUAAAUAAUGCUGGGAAAUUUUGUCAGAAUUUAGAGUUCUCGGAUGACAAAUUCGAGAUGACUUUUGCAACAAAUUAUUUAGGGCAUUUUUUAUUGACAGAAACUCUAAUCGAUAAAAUGGUAGAAACGGCAGCACAAACAGGCAUUGAAGGACGGAUAAUCAACGUCUCCUCCGUAAUCCACACAUGGGUUAAAAGAGAUGGCUUCCAGUUCAAUGAGAUGCUAAGCCCCAACAAGUACAAUGGCACACGUGCGUAUGCUCAAUCGAAACUGGCUAACGUAUUGCAUGCCAAGGAAGUUUCAAGGCAACUCAAGGCAAGAAAUGCAAGAGUAACAAUCAAUGCAGUGCAUCCUGGAAUUGUGAAGACUGGAAUCAUUAGAGAUCACAAAGGCUUGAUCACAGAUUCAGUGUUUUUCCUGGCAUCCAAGCUACUAAAAUCAAUAGCCCAGGGGGCGUCAACAACAUGCUAUGUCGCUCUCAGCACAAACCUCAAUGGAAUUAGUGGAAAAUACUAUGCAGACUGCAAUGAGACUUCAUGCUCGAGCCUAGCAAAUGAUGAAACAGAAGCAAGAAACCUUUGGAAGCAAACCCGCACAGUGAUCUACAGACGAUUAUGUCAAUCCGUAACUUAGUAUCCAUCCAACAUAACUACAGUCGACCGUACAUAUACAAAACCUGCAGAGGCAUCAUGUAAAAAUCCAUGUAUAUACAUCUAGGCAUGCACAUCACAAUGGAUAUGUAUGUGUAUGUGUAUGUACAUCCACACAUUAUGAGUAGCCCACAGAGCAAACAACCAUUCACAUGCACAUGUAUUCGUGCAUGUUACAAACUGCACAUUCGUGUACUACUGCACUGUACUCUGUAAGUAGUAGUUUAGACAGACUACCUGUUUCUGACAGGAGCAUUUCCAUAUCUAUGUAUGCAAACAACAUAUCAUUUUCA